CUUAUUCCAAAUAUGAAUAAAUCCACGUACAUGUUUGGCGAAAGAGUAUGACUUAUGAUAGGAAAAAAUGGGUAAAACAAUUUUUACAUAGUUGAUUCAUGAUAGGAGUUACAUUGGGAGACAUCAAAUGAGUUCGUUUGAUUUGUGAAGGGGAUCAACACAGCACCAUGGGCUGUUUGGAAACAGAAAGCUCAGAGUAAAUUUGAAACUCGAAAGGGAAUACUUCGACUUAUGGAUGAAAAGAAAGAACAUAACAUAUCCCCAGGUAGCCCUGAGAAAUUCACUGAGUUUUUAGUUUAGCAUGUUAACAUUGGCUCAAGGUUGCGAGCACUAUCAACCCAAGUUUAGAGUCCCAAGAUUACAGUUACAAAAGCGUGUGGGGCUGUUGAAGAAAGAUCUAGCCAUUUACAAAAAGACCAGCUUGCAACUGUAGGUGCUCUCCUACCUAGCAGCGGAUAGGAAGGUGUAGUUCCUUCCUUGACGUCCACCACACAUCCACCACCCUCCUCCAAAGAGGAGCUACUGGGCUAGGCAGACACACAGUCCAGGACCCUACUGUUCUUGAUGUAAAAGAGGAACACAAAAGGCCAGCAUUUCUCAAAAGCACAGUUGCAUUUCGUCAAGCAUGCCCACAGCCCCAUGAUGAAAGUGCCCUCCUCCACCAUUUCUUUAUGGUGGCAUCCAUGAUCGAUCUAAUCUCGAAAGCAACCAGAUUUAUGUUCUGCCGCAUUAUGUAUAGUUCUUUAUUAGUGAAUACUGCAAGCCUUCACACACUGUUUCUCUCACAUGAUUUGGCUGUGAUAUUUUUUCUUGAAAAACUUUAGGAGAAUGGAGAUUGGACGUAGAUAUUUUGUAACACGCUGGCUUUAGGAUGAUGUUGACUUGAAUGAUUUAUGCUCGGGGAAAAUAUACGGAAAGAUUUGUUCCUUUUACUUUUGGGAUGAAGAUCACUUUCUUGCUUAAUGUUGUGCCCACCAAGUGCCUGGUUAAAUGACAAAACCCCCAAAACCAUGCAGCGUUUACGUCUCUUGGGUACUUUUAGUUCAUUUAUUGCACUUGUCCUUAUUCUGUUCAUGGUGGGUGCAAGUUGGCCGCUUCCAAAAGAACAUCUAUGUUGGUUUUUUAGUCGAGUGAGAAGGAGCGAUCUCACAAGGACAAGGAUCAGGAAAAACAAGGGUGUAUGGCAAGGACAAGGUCAUGAGAGAUUGAACAACUUACCUUUUUUUUCAUUUAGCAUUGCAACUUUAGCAUAGAAUUUGUGCAAUGUUUCUCUUUUUCCGUACAUAGUUAAUGGAUGAGGAGCAAGGAACCACCAUUGGGAGUGCAACAUAUGCGGCGAGCAUCCGUAAACCAUGAAAGCACACCCUUUAUCCUGAGUUGACUAGAGAAUAUCAUAGAUGGCCACGAUGCCUGCAAAUUGUUAUGGACAUGCUUAUUCGGUCGACGUCACCUUUCAGAAUAGGCUAACGUAUAGUACGGACUUCUCACUUCUGUAGGGGGGAUGUGGUCUCCAAUUGAGAGAAAUUGAUUGGGGAAUUCUCCAUCAACUCAGCUGCAUAAAUGACCUUUCUGAUCAUGUUAAAGUUAGAGAAUUGAACUAAUUGAGCAAUGCAUAUGCAUGUUUCUUUACCUUUCAGAACAGUCUGGCCUUGUGAUUAUUGACUAAUCCUUGGAUCAUCCGGUUGGCAUGAACGUAGUAUUGCAAUUGGUGUUUGAUUAUGGCCAAAUGUUUUAUUGGUUAAAUGGAACUGGGGACCUAGUUAGUUUUGAUCCACUGUAAUUCAUGCUCCUAUAACUUACGAAACACAGCUAAGCAUAUAAUAUGGUGUCCACACCUAGUGUUCUGGGUUAUCCAUGAAGCAUUCAAUGUCGAUACAAAUUCUCCAGAAUAAAUUUUAAAGUGGAUAAAACAUGUUCUUAUCUUUGAUGGUGCCCACUUUACUAUACUGUUUGAUUGCGUGCAACCAUGGCUCUACAUGAUAUGUAUUCCUUAGGUGCAUUAUUGGUAACUUUUGCUUGGUUACCAAUUAUCCUUGUCGCUUCAUGUGUACCUUUUCCCUCACAAUAUUGUUGAGUAGUUCCUCCACUGUUCGCCUGUACGGUUGAUUUGCUGUUGCCGGUAUCUCCAUGCUCGGUUUCCUACAAGAUUGACCCAAAAAUGGCCUGGAUAUUUUGCGAUGAUGCUCAGGUCCAUUGGAUUGCUUGAUACAUGAUGUUUCUUUCUAAUGCUUGCUGUUUCUAAGAAUAUGUGACACUUAAUAUUUUGCACUACGCUUGCAUGGAUCUGGUAACUAAUUCCAAUUUUAUGCACAAGCAGAUGGUCUCUACUCUCUACUCCAGAAGAGAUUGUAACAGUGAUAUAAGCCUAUAAUCAGUCAAUAAAUGAAUUACUAUUUUAAGCUUUUUGCUCUCCUAGCAGGUUAUCAUCUCCAUCAAAAGACAUUAGUCUUUAAAUUGCCAACUCUAGAUAAGGAGACAUCAUGGUAUAGUUUAUACAAUAAAGAUGAACAUAUGAGGGCACAUUGUUCGUGCCAUUUCUAAGAUCUUCUAAUUGCUCCCAUCCUUCUUGGCCUAACCAUAUGAUCAUGUACACUGUCUUUUCCUAGUCUCUAUAUGUCACCUAAGUACUCAUUGCUUGUUGUUAAGAUAUUUCAAGGCUAUGACAUAUGUUUUGCAUGGUUUCAUCGAGGGAAAUGCGAUGUAGUUCUUUAAAGGUACAUACCGGGAGGUGGAGUUGCAUGUCACAAGUAAUAAUGGGUAGUGGAGCACACACAACUUGAUAAAAUUUCAUCAUGUCAUUGUGUUCCUUUACAUUUUUCAGUUGAACAAUAAUAGUGGGAGUUCCAAAAAUAUAGAAACAUAUUGUCAUGUCCAGAAAUAUAAUAAGUGGAUCAUCUUACAUGGCAGAUGGGCUGCAUUAUCUUAUUGGCCAAGAAUCUCUCUGGCAAAGUGGAAGUAUUAAGUAGAUAUGCUUCUCAUGAUCACGCGCUAUCGCAGUAUAUAAGGGGCAAACAAGCUCCAGAAGCUAUUACUUUGAGCCCCUGCCCUCCUCUUUUACUUAGGUCCAUUUCUAAUUCUCCCUUUGCUUGCAUUAUGGACAACUAUAAGCCAUGCUAUAAGAUAAAUGAUGCUCUUCAAGAGCUUGAGAUGUUGGCAGUGAAUGCCAAAGAAGCCCAACAGCUUAUACUGACAAAAAUCCUUGAGAGGAAUCAGGCUAGUGAAUACUUGAGAAAAUUCAUGAAUGGAUCCACAAAUAUUUCCACUUUCAUGAGAAAUGUUCCAGUAGUGACAUAUGAUGUGGUCCAGCCCUACAUUGCGAGGAUCUCAAGUGGCGAGGAUUCUUCAAUUUUAUGUGGAGAACGAAUUGUAGAGCUUCUGAGAAGCUCUGGAACUUCUCGGGGUGAGCCAAGAUUGAUGCCAGCCAUCUCUGAGGAUCUUGACCGCCGAACCUACCUUUAUAGUCUGCUGAUGCCCAUAAUGAACAAGUAUGUGUCGGGCCUUGAUGAAGGGAAGGCCAUGUAUCUUCUCUUUGUGAAAGCGGAAACACUCACAAGUUCUGGCAUUCCAGUUCGAUCAGUCCUCACUAGCUAUUACAAGAGCCCUCACUUCCUGCACCGCAAACACGACUUGUACAACAACUACACCAGUCCUGAUGAGGUAAUUCUUUGCCCUGACAGCCAGCAGAGCAUGUACUGUCAGCUGCUCUGUGGCCUGGUCGAACGCCAGCAUGUCCUUCGUCUCGGGGCAGUCUUCGCCUCAGCAUUCCUUCGUUCUAUCAGCUUUCUUGAACGGUACUGGUGUGACCUUGUUAACGACAUACGGCUUGGUAAACUCAAUUCCAGUGUCACCGAUAUUGCGUGUCGGUUGGCCAUGGUGCACUUUCUUGCGUUGCCCAACCCAGAGCUAGCUGAUGAGCUUGAGGAAAUCUGCAGCUGUGGGCCAUGGAAGGGGAUUCUAGGCAGGCUAUGGCCUAAUGUCAAGUACAUCGAAGCUGUUCUUACAGGCACAAUGGCACAAUACAUCCCCAUGCUGGAGUUCUAUAGUGGUGCUAGGAUUCCCUUGGUCUGCACCAUGUAUGCUUCCUCAGAGAGCUAUUUUGGUGUCAAUCUAAGGCCACUGUGUAAACCCACUGACGUGUCUUACACGAUCCUCCCAAACAUGGCCUAUUUUGAGUUCAUACCUUUGGAGGAUGGCCUCAGAGUGACGGAGGAUGAUGAGGUGGUGGAGAAUGAUAAGCUUGUUAAUCUGGUGGAUGUCAAGGUCGGAUGCUACUAUGAGCUUGUGGUUACCACAUUUUCCGGUCUUUACAGGUAUAGGGUCGGCGAUGUGCUUCAGGUGACAGGCUUCUACAACUGUGCACCACAGUUCAAAUUCAUCUGCCGGCGAAACGUCAUACUCAGCAUCGACUCCGACAAGACCAACGAGGAGGAUCUCCACAAUAGUGUCACUCGUGCCAAGAAAAUCCUGGAGGAUCGGAACUGCAUCCUCCUGGAGUACACUAGCUACACAGAUACUUCCACUGUCCCUGGCCACUACGUCCUCUUCUGGGAGAUCAAGUCCACCAGCGAAGGUGUGACGCCUCUGGAUGCUGAGCUCCUGGAGAGCUGCUGCAUCUCAGUCGAGGAGUCGCUCGACUACAUCUACAGGCGCUGCAGAGCUCAUGACAAGUCGGUAGGCCCUCUGGAAAUACGAUUGGUUGAGGCCGGAGCGUUUGAUGCUCUGAUGGAUCUGUUAGUUAGUCAAGGCAGUUCUAUUAACCAGUACAAGACCCCAAGAUGCAUCGAGUCUGGGCUCGCAUUGAAGCUGCUGAACUCCAAGGUCAUCGCUUCCUUCUUCAGUCCCCGGGAUCCUGAGUGGACUAUGUAAGCUUUCAGGGAUUAGGAGAGCUUUACUUACAGUCAGAUCAUACCACCUUGCUGCUUUGCUUGGAUAACUGUAUUCCUGCUCCCUAGCAUUUCAUUUGGAGAAUUGCUUAUUAGCCUGUAGUACAGUAUUACCGAGGCUGUAAAGCAGAGAAUGAAGUAAUGGCUAAUUUUGGCUGCCCUUUGUA